UUGCAAAGCUGCGCGUGUGGAUUCUCGUAGUCCGUUUGUGUUUGUUGAGGUGGGGAUGGCGUGAAAGUGUUAUUGAGUGUAAAACUAGUUAUCUAGUAUCAAAGAGCCUCCCUUAAACCGUGCUCGUUGCCGAACAUCUAAACCUGUCGGUCUUGUUUCUGCUUCCCUUCGGAAUGGAAGCGACCGAGGUAUGUGCGCACCGGGGAGAACCGUGUGGCCGGUGUUAGCGCGCGCGCUCGCCGGGGACUGAAGCACCGGCGACGGAUUGGGAUCAAAGGACGGUCCCCUUUUCCUCUGGCCAGGAUUACCCGCAGAAGACUUGAUGAAUAACCCCGCAGUCGCUGUCAGCUAAGUGCCGAAAUGAUCACCACGUUUUUUCCUGUGAAAAAACUGCGGAGGAAAAGCAAAUGUGUCCUUUUCGGUGCUAUUCUGCUGGUCGCAGCGGUGGCCGUCUACCACGAGAUGGUUGCGGCCAAGGCUUGGAGCGAGGGCACCGGUUCCAAUCCAGAUGAUGGCAUUAGAUGGCGGGGCAACAUGUUUAACAAAAGGGUCGUCGCAGGCCAUCCACUGGAGAAUUACAGAUUUGUGCCGCAAGCCUGGAUACCAGAGUAUAAAGGCCAUGCCAAUUUGCAUGUGUUUGAGGACUGGUGUGGCGGCUCCACGGACAGGUUGCGCCUGAACUUGCACUACCCGCUAUACCCUCAUUCCAGGACCACAGUAAGGAAGCUGGCUGUUUCUCCACAGUGGACCAACUAUGGGCUCCGGAUCUUUGGUUACUUACAUCCGUAUACCAACGGAGAGUUUGUGUUCGCCUUGAGUUCUGACGACAACUCGGAAUUCUGGCUCAGCACGGACGAUUCUCCAUCUAAUCUGCAGUUACUUGCAUGGGUUGGAAAGACCGGAUCUGAGUGGACAGCCCCCGGAGAGUUUGAGAAGUAUGCCAGUCAGAUCUCCACAGCAACUCAGCUUUCUGCUCAGAAGAGGUACUUUUUCGAGCUGAUCCACAAGCAGAAUGACCGAGGCACUGACCACGUGGAAGUGGCUUGGAAGCUGUUGGAUGAGGACUUUAGGUUUAUGGUCAUUGAGUCCAAGUACAUCUCCCUCUAUGUUAAUGAAUCGGCAUUUCUAAUGAGUGACGUUGCUCACAUACCGCAGACGGCCGCAAGCCACCGACGUCCCACUCCACCGAAACAGGGCGCUACCGCUCCAGACUUACUGAGAGAAGACCCACGAGAUGUUCUGCACCAAGUGCCUCUGAUAGGCGGCAGUUUCCUCCGAGGUGUUCUGCCCGACUGCUCUUACAAGCCAAGCUACACCAUCAAAGACUUCCCACUAACUCGUUACCAGGGUCUCCAGUUUGUCCACAUGUCCUACAUAUAUCCCAAUGACUAUACACGUCUGACACACAUGGAGAAAGAGGACAGCUGCUUCUAUCCAGAGAACCCCAAUUACAUGAAGAUGUUUGGGUUUUCGCAAUACAUGAGACUUGAUCGACCUGACGAACUGGAACAGGAAAACCCAGCUCUUGACUACAGCUUUAAGAGGAGAAAGUCUGUCCUAGAGGAGGAUAAUGACGAGUUUGGCAAGGACGCGUUUCCUGGCAAGAUGAAGGCAAAAGCUGCCCGUCAGAGGAAUAACAAUCGUUUCAGUGAUUACGGAGAUGAUUACGACGAUUACGCCAUGAAACGGCGGCGCAAACUCUUCUCCUUGGCUUUGAAAGAUUUUAAUGAAACCUUGAAGAAGUCACUUAACACCAAUAGAGAAGUUGGACUUCAACAGAAGAAAGUAGCGGGCACUUCAAAUUUGGCGGCCAUGCAAAGCUCCAAGCAGAAGAAGCAACCAGCAGUCAAACCAGAAGUGCCUGUUAAAAUAGCAUCAAAUGAAAAACCAAACGUAAAGCCAAAAUCUGCAAAGGGACCAGCAUUUAAAUCAGCUGAAAAAACUAAACAGCUCCAGCCACUCCUAACUAGAAAAAAGCCUGUUACAAAGCAAAUCAACUCCAAAUGGAGGGCUAUUAACUUAAACCAAACCCACUCCCGGAUGAGUAAAGGGUCACUUCAGCCUAUCAACGCUGAUGCUCCAACACCUGCUCCUACUCAGGUCGCAAAACUGCACUUGAUAAACGGUGACGAGUCCAACAUCGCUUCCAAAAAAGUCGCCAAGAAACCUGUGGUAACUACCAAGCAGAGAGAUGACGAUCCCAGAAAAAAGUACAUUGGAAAUGCAAUGGAAAUGUCUUUACUGCAGGAUGGAGAAGAAGACAUUCAAGUCAAAAAAUGGUCAAAAAUGGACCACACUUAUAAAGAAGUUCCUAACAGGGGGGAGAGUAGGAGAGAUAGCAGAGAGAGCGAUCCUGAUGCUUUUUGGGAACCAGAGGGAGAUUUAGAUGAUGAGGAGCUCAACCCAGAACCCGCGUUUGACAUCGAAGUGGACUGGAGCCAGACCUUCCAGAUCAAUCAUGUAGACUUGCAGGCCAUAAGGUCUGAUUGGAUCGACCUGCACUGCAACAUCUCGGGGAACCUGCUGCUGCACUCUGGUGAUGCACUUUCCAUCGCGAAAGCUUUUGUGGCCCAACUCAACAAGAAGCAUCAAGACUACUUCACACUGGUCCGCGUGGUUAAUGUGGAGAAGCGUGUCGACGGCAUUCAAGGCAGCCGUUACCUCCUAGAACUGGAGCUGAAGGACGCCAAGGGCCAGCUCCUGCGCCUGUCUAACUACAUCUAUGCACUAAUUCGCCGCAACGGUCACCCGCGCAGUGAGGACUUUGGAUUUCGGCAGCAAAAACCUCAGCUGGUGUUGUGCAACCCGGUCGGCUUCCACUGGAACCCUGUGGUCAUGAUCCAUUUCAUAGUGCCGGUGAAAAACCAGGCCCGGUGGGUGCAGCAGCUCAUUGAUGACAUGGCAGGAUUGUUCAAGGCGACUGGGGACACCAACUUUAACCUCAUCAUCACAGACUACAACAGCACUGACAUGGACGUGAGGGCAGCCCUCAAGAUGUCUUCUUUGCCUAGGUACCAGUAUGUGAAGCUGAGUGGAAACUUUGAGCGAUCUGCUGGCCUCCAAGCAGGCAUCGACCUAAUAAAUGAUGACCACAGUAUUGUGUUUCUUUGCGACCUCCACAUCCAAUUCCCUCCUUCCAUCAUGGAUAGCAUUCGGAAACACUGCGUGGAGGGAUUUAUGGCCUUUGCUCCUAUUGUCAUGAGGCUAGAUUGUGGGGCCACACCCUUGGAAGGCAGAGGUUACUGGGAAGUGAACGGCUUUGGCUUACUGGGCAUCUACAAAUCUGACCUCGAUGCAGUGGGAGGAAUGAACACCAAGGAGUUCACUAAUCGCUGGGGAGGAGAAGACUGGGAACUCCUUGACCGGAUCCUUCAAGCUGGACUGGAGGUAGAGCGGAUCUACUUGCGUAACUUCUUUCACCAUUACCACUCCAAGCGUGGAAUGUGGAACCGUCGUGUGUCGCCCACAUCAAGUUGACCUGGUCAAAACCCAUAAGAGGACUGCCCGGAGCACUUUACAGCUGACGCCUGCUGCUUUCCAAUGGUCGCGACUACUGAGCAGCACAACAGGGUGACACAGCGUGAACAGUCAAGGUCAUCGCCAUGGCGAUUGUACUGAUAAUAUCUGAGUUUUUUUCCACUGGAUUUACUGCUGACUACAAAGAGGUUCCUAGCCAACCAGACUUGGCUCCCUAUUUAAGUGUGGAAAUGAAGAUAGGAUGUAUGUUGCCGGACACAGCAUGAUGUUCACCACCAGAUACGACACGUCAAGGAUGUGUACACAAAAGUGGCUUAGGUCUUGCACAUUAGUCUUAACUGGAAAACUGUUUUAGUUGCAGUUCUAAAAUUCACUGUUUUUGUCAGUGUAUAUUAUCCUACAGAUUAUGGAAAACUUAACUUAUUGUGGCAUUUUUUAAUGUUUCAACCUGUCAUUUUGAAAUGUUCUCAUGAGUCUUAAAUGUGCCUUAUUCAUUAUAAUAAUGUCAUAUUUGUGGUUCUUUUUCACCAAAGAUUAUUUUGAUGUUUAGGUGCUUGACUUAUGUUUUACAAUCAGCAUAAAAGUCACAAGUUUUACUUUGUAAAUGGAAAUGUGGCAAGCAGAUUUUUUUAAAGGAUUUGCAUUUUUCCAUUGUUAAGAUUCCUGUAAAUAAGCUUACGUUCAUUAUUUAACUAAUAUGAUUAAAUUCAGUAAUCGGGUUUUGUUGUGGAACUGACCAGUUUUCGUAUUGAUGUAAAUUGUAAAACCCGAUCAGAGCAUUUUCUGAUCCUCACAAGGAUUCGGCGCUGGAUUCCAUUUUCUUUGUAACUUAUAUUACUUUUAAAAAGACAUACCUCAUUGCUCUAAAUGCUGGGAAUUCCUAUUCUUGAAUUUUCUAUGAGGGGAUAGUCUAUACCCUCAGGAACUGUUUUUAUUUAUACACUGCCUCGACUUUUCAUAAUUAAAUUG